AUGAAACGAAAGGAAGCACCCACAGCUGGCACCGGGCCAAAGUCAGCAAAGAAGCCUCGACCAGAAGUUCCGGAAUAUCAUCUGACGCCGAGUGUUCGUGAGGAGGACGGGAGUAUACAAUGGCCAGCACCAGCUUCACAGAUGGAACGAGUGCGGCAGACGAUCCAGGAAUGUGCAAAGGCUCAGCAGCGAGUCAUCAUUGCUCCGGACAAAGAUGCUGACGGCCUGUCUGCGGGAGCUAUCCUGCGGCAUACGCUUAUGCUUCUUGGUUUGCCUGCUGAGCUAAUCAGUGUUCAUCUGCUCAAGAAGGGCACCACCAUUCACAGUGACGAAGAGCGGGAGAAGAUGUCGGAACUAAAACCUGCCUACAUAUUCGUCAUCGAUCAUGGCAGUCGAUCUGGCCCACCACUGGUUGACGACGAAAACACCAAGACAUUCGUAAUCGAUCAUCAUCAUGCUACGGAUGCAGAUUUUCCGAAAGGGUCAGUUCAUGUCUCAGCAUGCUUCUCGCCUCCAGUCGCGACUUCUGCUCUCCUCACAUACGAGAUCUGCAAGCCUCUACACCCUGAGGUCCGUAGUCGCUGCGACUGGCUAUGUAUAGUUGGCACUCAUGGCGACCUCGGAAACACGCUCAAGUGGGAGUCACCUUUCCCAGACAUGCGAGACACUUUGAAGAAGUACACGAAGAAAGUGCUGAACGACGUCGUGUCUCUGGUGAAUGCACCUCGGCGUACAGCGACGUACGAUGUUCAGUCAGCAUGGGAUGCAUUAUGCGAGACUGCUGAGCCGUCCUCUGUCUUGAAGAACAAGAGACUACUGGCUGCGAGAGCAGAAGUCAAUGAUGAGGUCGAACGCUGUACUCACACUGCUCCAAAGUUCUCGCCCGACGGAAAGGUCGCGGUUUUCCGGAUACGUAGCGAGGCGCAAGUACAUCCGGUCAUUGCCACACGCUGGGCUGGUCACCUCAACAGCAAAGCACUAGGAAUUGUCAUGGUGGCGAACGAAGGCUAUCUGCCCAACAAAGUGAACUUCUCAUGCCGUAUACCUCGAUGCGCGAGAGGUCGUGACCCGCCUAUAUCCAUCAUAGACGAGUUACGACAUUAUGCUAGCUUGACAGAAGAUAUUGGUGACGAUCAAGAUCAAGAUAUGAGGGCUGAAGCAAAGAUUCCACUGCUGCGGCGCCUGGGCGACGACUUCGCCCGAGGUCAUGUUCAAGCUUCAGGCGGCAUCGUCAAAGUUGAAGAAUUCGAGGAGUUGAUUCGACUUAUGAAGAUCGGUGAGAAGUCAGCUAUCCAGAAGGACAACAGUAGUCCAGCGAAAAAGAAGAAACCCGGCAUUGACCCUGGACAGAAGAAUACAUUGACAAGCUAUUUUGGAAAGCCCAAGGCUGUAAAUGAUAGUGCCGGAUAA